CCGGGUUGCGUAGAUGUCUGAUAAGGAACAACAAGUGACUAAACGUGUGGUUCUGUUAUCGCAUACGGAUUACCAAAACGGUUUGCCCGCAAAUUGAUGGGCCAUCUGUAUCACCGAUAGAUUAAACAAAGGCGUUCCACCUGUACAUUAGAUGGCAGACUAGUGAAUAAAUAUCGUUCGAUUAGGUCAGUUCUCUCAGAAAUCUCAGUAUCAAGCGCUCUAAACAUGUCAGAAAUAACGUUCGUUGGUUCCCUUCUGAUAGUGAUAUUUUUUACGACAGUCGCCGCUCUGGAGUGCUACGAGUGUCCUAGCCCUGCAAAAUGCAAUGACCCAGCGCAGAUCAAAUUGGCCCAGUGCAACGAUGCGAACUCACAAGCAGUGUACGAGGAAAUAUCCAGGUUAUUCUUUCCCACGUUGCACGAGUCGGUGCUUCGGAAUGGAAAGUACCAGUGCACAUCGUUCAAUUUGACACUGUUUGCGGAAUCAGCUCCUUCGACGCGGAUCAAGGGAUGCAUGUUCGACACCAGGUGGGAUUUGUGUCGUUCAAAUAUAGAUCUACCGAAUCUUUCGGUGCUUGGUUGCCUCAGGUGUAAUUCGAAUAGGUGCAACGAUGAUGGUGGUGGUGGUAGCGGAAGCAUUGGGGAUGGUGGUAAUGGCGGAGGUAACGGUAACAAUAACGGUGAUGGCGGUGGUGGUAGCGCUGAACUUGGAUGGAGUUUUCUAUUGGUGCUGACAAGCCUGGCAGCGUCAACAAUGAUGGCUGUGUAGAAUAUACUAGAAGCACUCACUACGUAGCCACGGUGCCCCCUGAGACGCUUAUUAUAAAAUAAAAAUGUCCAUCAAAACGAAGUUCAAGGCUCGAGUCCUGGGGCCAUCCUGCAUCUCUGGGCAAAUUUUUAAAAUAAUCCUUAGGAGGAAUCUCGAGAAAUCUGGA